AUGGAAACAGAAAGAUUGAAUAGUUUGCUCAAAUGGUCCAAAGAAAAUGGCUCCAUCAUAGACGACUCCAUUGAAUUUAAGAUAGAUGUUGUUAAUGGUGUUCAUGCAACUUUAACAAAUUCUGGGAAAAUAGACUCCCUAAAUGAUAAAAAGUUGAUCUCUAUUCCAUCAGAUUUACUCAUUACAAAAAAAUUAGCAUCAGAAGCAUUUGGUGACGAAACUGUUGAAAUACAGAUCUCUAAUCCAAAUGCUUUAACACAACUAUAUCUUUGUCAAUUGAAAUUCCAAACAGUGUCUCAAUCUGAAACUUUGUUAUCUAAACAAAAAUUCUUCAAGAGUUAUUUAGAUACUCUUCCAAUUCAUCUUACUCAUCCAUAUUUUUGGUCGAAGGAAAACAUCGAAUUUUUGAAAAAAACUGAUAUUUUUGUUAUAGUAAAACAAAAUCUAACCAAUUUAAUAAAUGAAUGGAGAGCUAUACUCAAAGUAACUAAAUCUAAACCGUUCAAUGAUGAUCUUGACAAUUUCCUAUUUCAAAACGAUCGUGAUCUUAACAACGAAGUCACAUUGAAUAUUGUCUUUGAUUAUAUCCAACUCUCCUUGAAACGUUUAAAUGAAGAUACACAAUUGAUUCAUUGGAAUAGUUUUUUCGCUUACUUGUGGUCCUUUUGUAUAUUCAACUCCAGAGCAUUCCCUGAGAUUGUUAUGAAUUCCGAUUGUGAAAAUAUCAAUCAAGCAUUCUUAAUGCCUAUUAUAGAUUUACUAAAUCACAAGAAUGAUACCAAGACAAGAUGGACAUUUUCUGAGAAUAAAGUGAACUUUAUUUCAAAUGAGGAGAAUUUUAGUAAUAAGAAAGAAAACCCAAAUGAUCAAUUAUAUAAUAAUUACGGUGAUAAAUCUAAUGAAGAAUUAUUAUUAGGUUACGGAUUUGUCGAAGAAGCAAAUAAGUACGAUUAUUGUAGACUGACUUUAAAAUUAGACGAUGCUUUAUUAAAAAAUGCAACUGAAAAACAAGGAAUCAAACUAACAUCCGAAAAUUUGAUUACCCCCGGUUGUGUUCAGUUCAAAUUGUCUUAUAAAACCCCACUUCCGCAAGAAUUAUUUGAACUCUUUGGAUUUCUUUGUAAACUAAGAUCAGAGGAUAACCUUACUUAUAGAAGUGUACUAGAAGGUUCUGAUGAAUUAGACAAUAUUCUAUCAUCAAAAUUAAAUUCUGUUAAAGAACUUACCAAGAAUUUAAAGGGUGAUGACAAACUCAUCCAAAUUUUAAAAUCAUACCUAAGCUCUCAAAGAAAAAUUUUAAACUACACAAUGGAGGCUCUUGCUAAGAAACAGAAAAUUACUAUUAAAAGCAUCCCACAGAAGAAUAUUAUAUCUUUUAAAACAAUCUUUAAAAGUGAUAAAAUCUUCGCUAACGCUAUGUUAUUAACUUUUGGUGUGAUAAAAUUUGAAGAUUUGAUAUCCAAAGGUGUGUUGAACAAAGCAUUAAUGCUAUGGAUAGUUAGAGUUUCCAACAAAGAUAUGCUUGAUAAAAAAUUAGAGUAUCAGGUCCCUGAAUUUAUAAUUACAACGUUCAAGGAAGUUGCAUCAAAUAUUGUAGUAGAGAAGGAUGAUGUAGUGGAAUAUAUGAGCUUUUAUAAAACAUUAUUCCCACAUUUGACUCAAAAAUUACCUGACGUUUUUGGAAAAGGAAAUUGGGGUAUUAAACAGUUUAUUAUUGCUGAUACUGUCAUUGAUAGAAUUGUUUGGAUAAAGAAGAAUAACCAGGAACCAUUCUUCUUAGAAAAAAUUCAAUUUUAA